UGAGGCAGAAAGUAGUAGGAGGGGCUUCGGGACGCGCUACCAGCGGAGCAGAGGCCAUAUUGCAGCUUCCACUGAAGUCCGUCCGAAGUUCUCGUGAGGCACCUUUUCGUUCGGUCCUGCGGGAUCUUCCCCGUCCGGUGGCGUGAACAUGAACGCGAGCAUCUGUUUAGUCGCAGUGCGCCGAGGAUGGACGCAGAGACUCAGGAGACCUUCUCCCUCCCUGGUUCCGUGCUGCCUGCAGUCCACACAACCUGUGGCUGCAGCCCGGCUGCCCUACAGAGUGAAGCUGUCUGCUGGGAAACGCUACGCCUGGUGUGCUUGUGGACACAGUAAGAAACAGCCUUUCUGUGACGGAACUCACGUGUCAAAAGCUCCGACUAUCCAACCUCUGCGCUUCACCGCUGACAAAGACAAGGCCGUCAUGCUGUGUGCCUGCAAGCAAACCAAGGGCGCACCGUACUGCGACGGCUCACACUUGAAAGUCAUCUUCCAGGAUUUAGUGAAGUCGAUUAAAGGCGUCUUUAAAUGAAGAGCAUGCAAAGCGUCUAACCUUGGAGGUUAAGGUGCAGUAAACAAACAAAGUGACACUUUGUGAUGUUUUCCUUUCAUACUUUUCAAAAUUAUAUUUUGUUUGUAGGAAUUACAUUGCUUUUUUGAUAAUAUGAUUUCAACAGAAUAUCGUCUACCCAUUAAAACAUGGCUGAAAAAAAUAA